AUAGCAUUUGAGAUGUCAUCGAAAUCUGAUAUCCCGUUGCUCUCCGAGAAACACUCUGGCAUUCCCCUAAAUCUCCUCGAAAAGGCCCAGAGAGCUAAGGCGUUGAUUUAUGAAACAAGAACAAAGGAAACGAAGACAAGGGAGAGACUGCCUGCCAUUCCACAAGGAAUCGACAAAUCAACAUUUAUUAAAGCUCUAGAUGAGUUGGGUGACCAACUUGGCACUGACAAUGUUGAAGUCAAUGAAAAGCCACUCGUUGAUGGAUGGUAUAUGGAGCACCCCAAUACCCACGACAUGAUGCCCAUCCUAGACGACGAAGAACUAGUUGCAUCAGCAGUCGUGUAUCCAAGCAGCACAGAGGAAGUCCAGAGAAUCGUUCUCUGGGCAAACAAGUAUUCAAUCCCCAUAUUUCCCAUCUCGAUGGGACGAAACUUGGGUUACGGAGGGGCAGCACCUAGAGUCCGAGGCUCAGUAGUCAUCGACCUGGGAAAGAGAAUGAAUAAAAUCUUAGACAUUAAUCCAAACGACUACACCUGCCUUGUCGAACCAGGAGUCUCAUUCUAUGCUCUUUAUGAAGCUAUUCAAGCUAAAGGGUAUGACCAUAUGUGGAUCGAUACUCCAGAUCUUGGAGGUGGUUCCGUUAUUGGUAAUACCUUGGAUCGAGGGGUUGGAUAUACGCCAUAUGGUGAUCAUUGGGCUUGCCAUUCAGGAUUGGAGGUCGUGCUUCCUACCGGAGAGGUUAUCAGGACGGGGAUGGGGGCGCUGCCUGGAAAUAAUACUUGGCAGACUUUUCCUUAUGGAUUUGGUCCUUACUCGGAUGGUAUAUUUUCACAGUCCAACUUUGGUAUUGUGACGAAGAUGGGAAUGACUUUGAUGCCUAAUCCAGGAGGAUAUGAAAGCUUUAUGUACGCAUUCCAGAAAGAAGGAGAUCUCGAAGCACUUAUUGAAAUCAUUCGACCACUUCGCAUAGGGAAUAUCCUGGAAAACGUAGCCCAAGUCAGACAUGCAAUCCAAACACUAGCUGUCAAGGGAUUACCACGAACUAAAUACUUCUCUGGUGAUGGUCCUAUUCCAGAAGAAAUCGUCCGGGAGCAGCUCCGAAAAAUGCCCAUCGGAGACCAUACCUGGCUCUAUUACGGCAUGUCCUACGGGCCUCCACACAUCAGAAAAUACAAACUCGACAUCAUCGACCAGGAAUUCAAGAAAAUUCCGGGAGCUCGGAAAAUCGACCCUUCGACCUUACCGGAAGAUGAAUAUUUCUGGUCUCGCGAUAGAAUCGCUGCUGGAGUACCAGAUCUUGUGGAACUUCUAUGGGUAAACUGGGUUCCGAACGGUGCACACGUUGCAUUCAGCCCUGUGUCCCCAAUUCGCGGUGCAGACGCCAUGAAACUUUUCAAUUUGGGGAAACGCCGGCAUGACGAGUUUGGCAUCGACUUCCUGCCAGCAUUCUGUGUGGGGUUACGCGAAAUGCAUCUCAUCGUCGAGAUUGUUUAUGACAAGAACGAUCCAGUAAAGAGAAAGGCUGCAAAUGAUUGUUUAAGAGAGAUGAUUGAUGAUGCGGCAAAGGAAGGGUAUGGUGAGUAUAGAACACAUUUGGUUCUCAUGGAUCAAGUGGCUGGCACGUAUAGUUGGAAUGAUGGGGCGCUGAUGAAGUUUAAUGAGCGAUUGAAGGAUGCUUUGGAUCCGAAUGGGAUAUUGGCCCCGGGAAAAUCUGGAAUCUGGCCGGCGAGGUAUAGGGGGAGAGGAUGGGAGAUGGGGAAAAGCAGUGGAGGGAGAUCUGAAGGGAAUGGAGUAACUCCGUCUAAAAACACGAAGUUGUGAUUGUUCAUUGCUACUGAUAUUGAAAGAGCUGAGACUGGGAGAAUGGUUCAG